GUGAUGAUUAGACGUUUUUUGUUUGGGGAGUUGGGGUCAACGCAGGUGGUUGCGCGGCAGAAAAGCUAUUUUAAACCAAGAAAGUUCAGAAAAGACAUACAAGUUGUUUCUGGUUGUUUUAUCUCUAACAAAAUAUGGCUUCAGUGCGUGUGGCAGUGCGAGUCCGCCCCCUGGAAAAAAGAGGAAAGAAUGUGUCUUCAAAAGUUGUUGUUGAAGUGAAAGCAGACAAUGUAACUAUUUAUAAGCCAAUAGCCCUCUCUAAUCAUGGAGAAGAAUCCAAGACAUUUUCUUUUGACUUUUCCUAUGAUUCCACUGACCCAAACAGCUCAUCAUUUGCAUCACAAGAAAAGAUUUAUAAGGAUUUGGGGUCUGGUGUCAUCAAAGCUGCAUCUGAGGGCUUCAACACCUGUAUACUUGCCUAUGGACAAACUGGGUCUGGAAAGUCUUAUACCAUGAUGGGCCAGAAGGGAGAUAAAGGUUUGAUUCCACGGAUUUGUGAAGGCCUGUUCCAGCAGAUUGCAGAGAAAAGCAAGAGUGCAGUGUCAUUUCAUACAGAGGUCAGCUUUUUGGAGAUAUACAAUGAACGUGUGCAGGAUCUUCUCCAAAAGAAUUCAACACCCACUGAUAAGGGUCCUUUGAAGGUUAGAGAGCACCCGAAGGAAGGACCCUAUGUGCAAAAUUUGACCAGACAUUUGGUGCAAAGUUACAGUGAUGUAGAAGAACUGAUGUUAUUGGGAAAUUCAAACCGUACAACUGCCAUCACAGAUUUGAAUGAUGCCAGCAGUCGAUCUCAUGCCAUUUUCACCAUUAGGUUCACUCGGGCCUGGUUUGAGGACUCUCUGCCCUGUGAGACUGUGAGUAAGAUCCACCUGGUCGAUCUGGCAGGAAGUGAGAGAGCUGAUGCCACUCGCGCCACAGGGGCUCGCUUAAAAGAAGGAGCCAACAUCAACAAAUCCCUCGUCACUCUGGGCUGUGUGAUCUCAACUCUCGUCCUGUUUCAAAAUGUAGUGACAACAAAGAGGAAGAAGAUGAUCUUCAUUCCCUACAGAGACUCUGUGCUAACAUGGCUUCUCAAAGACAGCCUGGGUGGGAACUCCAAGACAACUAUGAUAGCAACCAUUUCCCCUGCUGAAGCAAACUACACAGAGACCUUGAGCACAUUGCACUAUGCCAACCGCGCUAAAAGCAUAGUCAACUCACCAAAAGUGAAUGAAGAUAACAGCGUAAAGGUGAUCAGAGCGCUUCAGGCGGAGAUAGAAAGACUCAGGAAGCUCCUUGAAGAAGCCAGUCAGGUUCCCAAAGGAGAGCAGAAUACCUGUGUUCAAGUUGAAGAAAAGUUGCAUGAAAAUGAGGCAAAGGUAGCUGCUUUGACUAGAGAAUGGGCCAGCAAGUGGAAUGAAUCACACAAUAUUUUGAAGGAGGAGACGGUGGCUCUUAGGAAGAGGAGAAGUGGUGUGGUCUUGGACUGUCAGUUACCACACCUUAUCGGCAUUGAUGAAGAUCUGCUGGGUUCUGGCAUCAUCCUCUACUAUCUAAAAGAGGGUCAAACUACAAUUGGGAGCAAUGAAGCAUUAUGUGGUCAGGAUAUUGUGCUGCAAGGGCCCGGGAUUCUUGGAGAACACUGCAAGCUGCUAAACAAAGAUGGCGCUGUUACUUUAACUCCUCACGAUGGUGCCUUAUGUUUGGUCAAUGGAUCAGUUGUUACUGCUCCCUGCCAGCUGACUCAGGGGUCCAUUAUACAACUUGGAAAAGAUGCCAUGUUUCGUUUUAACCACCCGACUGAGGCUGCCUUCCUCAGAGAGAAGCAGCAGAGCGGACUGCUGUCGGCCGUCAGCCUGUCUCUCACGGACACGUCCAAAUCUGCAGAGAGCCUGUCCAAGGUGAUGCUGCAGGGACCAGGAGCAGUGAAUGCGUCUUUGGAUUCAAGCUACUCAAUAGAGAGGCCUGUUACCAAUGCCACACCUGUAAAAAGUGCUGUCCCUCAUUCAGUGGAUGGAGAGGCGCAUCAGGGCGGAGUACGCACCCGGGACCGCCCUGAGCUGGAGGGGGACUGGUGUCAUAAAUCAGGGCCAGAGCUCACGUCGGAGGGUCUGCGGAGGGGAGUGUGCUGUGGGGGAGAGCUGCGGUCAGGGGAUGCCAGCCUGCAGCAGACGAGUGUCCCGGGCCGAGGUGAUGGAUGUGCCACUGGGCCAGUAGGGAGCGCUAACGAGAUCCAAGAAGUCACGGCUCACUGCAACGAGGGGAGACGAGACUCAGGUGGGAACUCAUUAUCCGACGUAUCCCACCUGCUGAGUGCUGAAGGAGGCAAGUCCGCACCCGUCCCGCCACAAGCCAGCACGCUCAGUUCUCAUUCUGAAUUCGACAAAACACCUCUCAGCAGUCAGGCUGUUAGCUGUCCUACCAAUGAAGCCACCACACGGGAGCAGUCUUUCUAUAGAGAGAUGGAUGGAGAUGGGGGGCUAGAGGGGGACCUGGAAGUGAGGGCAAAACCGUACCCAGGAAUAGGUUUGGGAUCUUUGGUCAACAGGGUGUCCUGGAUUGUACAAGGCGCAAGUCGGUGUAUUUUGAAUUCUUCCAUUGUGUUACAGCACGCACUAGAGCAGAGGCUAUAUCCUGUUAGUGUGGGUUGGCCCAGUCAUGUAGUCUCUAUGAUAAAGGACAGCAAAGUCAUUUCACUGGUUAAAGAUGGCUAUAUUACACCUCUAUUUAGUGAUAUACGGAUGCUUUCAGUGGUAAAAGAGCUGCCCUUCUUUCAACACGUUCAGUUUGACAUGAGGAAGUACUUUCAGGCAAUGAGUCCAAUAAAAAUCCAAGAAUGCUCCAAGAAUUGUGCUAAUCUGAUUUUUACUGCCCCAGAAAAGCACAUUGAGGAUACAAGUGAUGACUCUAAAACCACUUUGAAUAGUAAUUUGCUACAAGAUCAUGACCAAGCUGAUGAAGUGAAGUUAAAAGAGAUUAUGCAACCCAGAUGUAAGGCAGAUGAGGACCAAGCACACAAUAUUACAUCAGUAUUGUGGCGUAAAGAUGCCAGUAUCUUCUUUCAGUCCUUAAUAACUUUCCCUGACUCACUGGUGAAGUUACAGUCGUCUCACUCAGACCUGGGAGCUGUGCUACAGUCCAUCAUUCCUCAUUCACUGUUCACAUCACAAAAGAUUGUUGCUCUUUUCUGGUUGGAAGCAUCUAAAAGAAGUGAACCGAAGGCUGUCCCAGCUCUGCUGAUAUUGAUGGAGGCUAGUGUGUACACGGUCACUGAUCACUGUGGAGCUCUGGAGGUGUUUUAUCAGCUGCCUCUGGCUCAAGUCAAAGAGCUGCACGUUGGCUUUGCAGGCCAUACUCUGAGCCUAUUGGGCCCCACAGAGGAGCGUGACCUGGGACUCUACACCUACAGCCAGUCCCUCACCAGAGAGCUGUGUGGAGCAGUAUUCCGGCUCCUGUGUCCUUUAGACAGGAGUGUAUGUGAGCACCCUCUACUCCGUGCGGACCUCAUGGACAUGUCUCUAAAGUGGCAGGCUCUUGUACCAGAUCUAUUGCUGGACACAGGUUUGAGGGUGCUCUGUCAUUUCCAGAGGAGCCUGGCUGAUCUGAUAUACCUGCUUCACUGUAACACCAUCCUAGAGGGGAGGAUUCUGGGAGAGGUGCGUCUGUGUUUCUACUGCUGUGUGGGGAUAUGGUUCCCCUCUAAACGGAGGCUGGUAGGACAGCUGUUUGUCACAGGCACACACAUUGGGCUUGUCCAAGAGGACAUAGUCUUCCCUCCUUUCCAGUCCGUCCCCCCCGAGCCGUCCCGACUGCACUUUCACAGUCUGAGCGUGCGUCGCCUUGGUGACGUGCGCGGGGUAGUGGUGCAUGAGGAGGACUCGCGCGGAGCUGUCACUGUGGAUGUAAUCUUAGCAAAUGUGAAGGCCAGAGGUCACCCUGAGCGCGAGACAGGCUGUGCACAUCCAUCGUCACAUGCACAAGUGUGGAAAUUAACUUUGAGCUGCUCCGCCGAGGCCGCCCGCCUGAUUAAUCACUUGUCAAACGUUUGAUCAAGGGCUGAACAGCAGUAAUGAAGAGCCCACUGUGAAAACUCUGAGCGCAAAGCAUGGCAAAAGUGCACUUGAACCAGGCCAGGACAGAAAUGAGAAUUAUUCCAAACUUUUUUUUGAUUAUGAAUCCAUUUUGGAUAAGUUGAUUCAGUUUAAAUAUUUAGUAAAAAUGUAUUAUUUUCAGAAGAUUGAGGUUUAAAUACUUUUAAAUGUUGUAAAAGAUUUCAGUGUGGUGUUGUAUUUUAAGAGUUUUUACAAAAUUGUGUUUUUGAUUGAGAUGGUUUAUAUGUUUAUAUUAAAAUGUUAUUUUAUCACUAAUUAAAUAAAAAAAAACUUGAAUUGU